UGAUGAUGGAAUUGGAAUGGGAGAAUAGAAUAGAAUAGAACUUUAGAAGAUGUUAGGAUUUGACCUUGUCAAUGAUGCCAUUGGUGGGUAGGAAUGGGAUGCAAUGAAUGAAUUCCACAUCACCACAACAGUUGAUAUAAACCCGAGGGUUGGGCAAAGCCGUCCGGCUAUCUUUUACUAUUAGCCAAAAACUGCUAAAAAAGGAAAAUUCCGCCCAAAAUCCUACGCAGAACAGAACAAGAAGCCCACGAGCAAAGCAUUCAUUCAACAACGUUGAUCACUCAGGUUUUCGCGCUGGCCUCUCGUUAUCGCUUCUUACUCUUUACAAGACACGCUGCACUUGAAAAAGGGUCUCUUCCCUUUUAGAUCUCACUCUUGACAUAAAAAGUUUUGCCUUUAUUCAUCUUUUAACAGGUACCCUUUUCUUUUUUCCCAUCUCUUUGGCUCCCUGCAAACCCACAAUUAUGAAUGUUCCUUCUUUCCCUUCAGCUUGAUCCAACUCCACCUACAUAGAUACGUAAUUGAGUCAAAGUGAAAUAGAAUUCCAAUAAUGAUGGAGAGGGCAGAGUCAUGCCAAAAGUUAUAUACCAGAAUGCGGUUAUGGGAAUUCCCUGAUGAGUAUGUGAUCGAGCCCACAGAUGGCUCUUCUGCAUCCUCUUUGUCAAUUAGUCGUGUUGAUGCCUCAAUGAAGCUCAUUGAUAACGUUCCAGAAUGCAGCUCUGUCCGUGUUCCUAAGAUUCAGACGAUUUUUGGAGUAGUUGGAAUGCUAAAGCUUGUUGCAGGGUCAUAUCUAAUUGUUAUAAGGGAGCGUGAAUGUGUUGGAUCUUAUUUGGGACAUCCUAUCUUCAAAGUCAUAUCCUUGAAGGUUCUCCCCUGUGAUCAUUCUGUUAAAACUUCUACCGCAGAACAGAAAAAGUUGGAGAAUGAAUUUUCUGGGCUGCUAAAAAUUGCAGAGAGGACUUCUGGUCUCUAUUUCUCUUAUGACACCAAUUUAACACUGAGUGCUCAGCGAUUGUAUGAACUGGGAGAUGAAUCUAAAUUACUUCCCCUUUGGAGACAGGCAGAACCCAGAUUUCUUUGGAACAAUUAUAUGUUGGAAGUACUUAUAGACAACAAGCUUGAUCCAUAUUUGCUUCCAGUUGUCCAAGGGAGUUUUCAUAACUUCCAAGCAGCCAUUGGAAAAGAAAUUAUUGAUGUUACUCUGAUUGCUAGGAGAUGUACACGGAGAAAUGGAACCCGCAUGUGGAGAAGAGGAGCUGAUCCCGAUGGGUAUGUUGCAAAUUUUGUGGAAACAGAGCAAAUUGUGCAUAUGAAUGGUUUUACUUCAUCAUUUGUUCAGAUUCGGGGGUCAAUGCCGUUUCUUUGGGAGCAAAUUGUUGAUUUGACUUAUAAACCUAAGUUUGAGAUUGUAAAACCUGAAGAGGCUCCACGAGUGGCUGAGCGGCAUUUUCUGGAUCUAAGAAAAAAGUACGGAUCUAUUCUAGCUGUUGAUCUUGUCAACAAGCAUGGAGGUGAGGGACGCUUAAGUGAAAAGUUUGCAAGUGCAAUGCAGCCCAUAGUUAGUGACGAUCGAAGGUAUCUGCACUUUGAUUUCCAUCAGAUCUGUGGACAUGUUCAUUUUGAGCGCCUUUCCUUUCUCUAUGAUCAAAUUGCAGAUUUUCUUGAGAAAAAUGGGUACCUCUUGCUGAAUGAAAAGGGUGAGAAAAUGAAGGAGCAACUUGGAGUUGUAAGGACCAAUUGUAUUGAUUGCUUAGACCGCACUAAUGUUACACAGAGCAUGAUAGGUAGGAAAAUGUUGGAACUUCAGCUUAGGAGGAUUGGUGUUUUUGCUGCUGAAGAAACCAUUAGCUCACAUCCAAAUCUUGAUGAAAGCUUUAAAAUAUUGUGGGCUAAUCAUGGGGAUGACAUAAGCAUACAAUAUUCUGGCACUGCUGCACUAAAAGGAGAUUUUGUCAGGCUUGGUCAGCGAACAGUUCAAGGGAUCCUUAAAGAUGGAUACAAUGCCCUUGUCCGCUAUUAUUUGAAUAACUUUUCUGAUGGAACGAAACAGGAUGCGAUUGAUCUCCUGCAAGGACAUUAUAUUGUCUCUUUCAGCCGGGAUAUGACGCCUCCAUCUCAAACAGGAGGCCUUGAGGCUAUAGCUUCCUUUCCACUAGCUUUAUGUUUGGUCUCCAUAGGGUUGUUUUUCGCAACCAUGUCACUGAGGCAAGCUCGAUACGAUCUUCGACACUUAUUUUUUUCACUUUUAUGGGCAAGCAUAAGCGUUGGAAUUGCAGCUGUCGUGAGGGCUAACGGCAGGAUUUUCUGCAACAGGCCUCGUUUGCAUAAACCUCGGUGUUGAUAUAGCAUUCUGAAGGCUAUGGCAAAUACAAUCUUAAAACAGUUUUCAUCUUGCUGAAACAAGUUUUGUAGAUCAUUUAUUGCUAUUCAUCUAUUUUUCUCUUCAACAUAAACUACUGCUAGUAUUUUUUUCCCUUUGUUCUUUUAUAAAUGCUAUUUCAUCUUGUGCCUUGUUCAGUGGUUGCAACUAG